AUACAGUAAGUCAUAAUGGCAGAAGAAGAAAUUAGUGAAGACUAUCCAGCAGAAAUCCAUGAGUAUUUAUCAGCAUUUGAGAAUUCCAUUGGUGCUGUAGAUGAUAUGCUGAAGACCAUGAUGUCUGUUUCUAGAAAUGAGUUGUUGCAGAAGUUGGACCCACUUGAACAAGCAAAAGUGGAUUUAGUUUCUGCUUACACAUUAAAUUCAAUGUUUUAUGUUUAUUUGGUAACUCAGGGAGUUAAUCCUAAGGAACACCCAGUAAAGCAGGAAUUGGAAAGAAUCAGAGUGUACAUGAACAGAGUCAAAGAAAUAGCUGACAAGAAGAAGGCUGCCAAGUUGGACAAAGGUGCAGCUUCAAGAUUCGUGAAAAAUGCCCUCUGGGAACCAAAACCUAAAAAUGCAUCCAAAAUUGCCAGUAAAGGAAAAAGUAAAAAAUAACCUUUUGGUUUUGAUGUACACAUGUUCAAAAAGUACAUCAUUUUCAUUGUUUAACACAAAAUAGAUGGUGAUUAUGUGGCAAUGCACGGUUUAAAUGUAUUCCUUAUUGAAUUCAUAUAUAAAAUUGACAUUUGAAUUUGUAAUGCUAAAUACAUUUCCCCCCAGAAAGAUGAUGUUAUCUUUAUUGAUUUUCCUAUAGUGUACUGUGAGGUUUUUAACAUUGUGGUAUAUUUUAUAUUUAUAGUUUACCAUCUCUCUUGACAGGACUCUUGUUUCCUUAUAUAGGUCAACCUUUCAAGUACUAUUUUAUAAGCAACUAUGAAAUUUAAGUUAAAUGUUCUCUGUAAACAUUUGUCCAUUUUAAAUGAAUAAUGACUU